GUGCGUAAGGACGGCAGGUCAGCUGACAGCUAUCAGAGGACCGGGAGGAAGGAGCGGAAUUAGCGGGUGUGUGAACUGGGAACCUACUGGAUCCUGACAUAGGCUGUAUCCGAAGCCAAACGGGGAACGAAGACUGGUGGCGUUCGUGAGAGAACAAGGGCGGGGUUUGGUUUCGCCAUGGCCAGUUGGGACUGAGAAGCAGCCACAAUGAUUGGAGGUCUGUUCAUCUACAACCACAAGGGGGAGGUCCUCAUCUCCCGGGUCUACCGAGAUGACAUCGGGCGUAACGCGGUGGAUGCGUUCCGUGUGAACGUGAUUCACGCCCGGCAGCAGGUUCGAUCCCCCGUGACCAACAUUGCCCGUACCAGCUUCUUCCAUGUCAAGCGCUCCAACAUCUGGUUGGCGGCAGUCACCAAGCAGAAUGUCAACGCUGCCAUGGUGUUUGAGUUCCUUUACAAGAUGUGUGACGUCAUGACGGCCUAUUUUGGCAAGAUCAGCGAAGAGAACAUCAAGAACAACUUUGUGCUCAUCUACGAGCUGCUGGAUGAGAUCCUGGACUUUGGCUACCCCCAGAACUCAGAGACCGGAGCUCUGAAGACCUUCAUCACCCAGCAGGGCAUUAAGGGACAGCACCAGACAAAAGAGGAGCAGUCUCAGAUCACCAGCCAGGUGACGGGGCAGAUUGGCUGGCGUCGUGAGGGCAUCAAGUAUCGCCGCAAUGAGCUUUUCCUGGACGUACUGGAGAGUGUCAACCUGCUCAUGUCACCGCAAGGCCAGGUCCUGAGCGCCCAUGUGUCGGGCCGAGUAGUGAUGAAGAGCUACCUGAGUGGAAUGCCUGAGUGUAAAUUUGGCAUGAACGACAAGAUCGUUAUCGACAAGCAGGGCAAGGGAGGAGCAUCUGAUGACGCAGGGAAGAGUGAUUUAGGGGGAGGAAGCGGGAAGCAGUCCAUAGCCAUCGAUGACUGCACUUUCCAUCAGUGUGUGCGCCUCAGUAAGUUUGACUCGGAGCGUAGCAUCAGCUUCAUCCCCCCCGAUGGAGAAUAUGAGCUCAUGAGGUAUCGCACCACUAAGGACAUCAUCCUGCCAUUCAGGGUUAUUCCUCUGGUCCGGGAGGUGGGUCGCACUAAACUGGAGGUUAAGGUCGUCAUCAAGUCCAACUUCAAACCCUCGCUGCUGGCUCAGAAGAUCGAGGUUCGUAUCCCAACACCCCUGAACACCAGCGGCGUGCAGGUGAUUUGUAUGAAGGGAAAAGCCAAGUACAAGGCCAGUGAGAACGCCAUCGUGUGGAAGAUCAAACGCAUGGCUGGGAUGAAAGAGUCUCAGAUCAGCGCUGAGAUCGAGCUUCUGCCCACCAACGAUAAGAAGAAAUGGGCCAGGCCUCCCAUCUCUAUGAACUUUGAGGUUCCUUUCGCACCGUCUGGUCUGAAGGUGCGCUACUUGAAGGUGUUUGAGUCCAAGCUCAACUACAGUGACCACGACGUCAUCAAAUGGGUGCGGUACAUCGGCCGCUCCGGCAUCUACGAAACACGCUGCUAAAGUUCAACCCCCACCAGGCAGCGAACUGACCACUUUCCUCCCAUCUAUCCUGAUAAAAAAAAUUUUACUUCUCCCUCUUCCUACUUUGUCUCUCUCCUCCCCUCAAUCCUUAUAGCUUCUCUCAUACAUCCCCUCCCACCAACCUCACCCCUUCCUAACUAGGUGUUGGAGAUUGAAUUUACAUCAUUAAAAAAAAGUAAAUAUGGUAUAAUGCACAGAUAUAUGCAAAUGUGAAUCAUUGUAUCGUAUAUAUCUCGUAGUGAUGAGUAAACCUGUAAACCAACUGGUGUCUGAAAGAAAAAGACAAGUGAUGCAGGGGGGGACCAGGGGGAGAGGACUGGAGACACCUUGGUGUCUUUGCGGGUUGCUUUGUUGCGUUUAUUCAGUGUUACUGUUCGAUUAUCUACUCUCCAGUUACUUUAGAAGUUCCAGAUGUAGUUAUCCCUGCGAAGAUGAUGUGUAGCUGUUGUGGUUAAUAAUGAAUCCUGGUAAUAGUUCCUAUAUAUGAGCUUCUGUCUCAGUAGAGUCUGCCCUUCUGGAGAUACUGUUCUGUUGUGAACUGACUGAUAUUUGAUUUGUGUUUUUGGGAAUGGUCAUUUGGAUCUCGGUUACUUUCUCUUUGCCACUCAGCAGGAUGAGAGAGUAAAAUUGUUAAACUUACAAAGUCUCUUAAUUGGUAGUUGGGAAUUCACAAUAACUGAGCUGUUUUUGUACUUUCUGGAGAGUGUGUUGUUUUUUCCCCUGCUACCUUUCCACCAUUACUUUUACCAGCAUUUAGCAAGUAAAGUCAAAGUAAAGUUAGAAGUGAAAAGAAGGAACAUUCCAUACAGUUUAGAGGUUUGACCAUCAUCCUUAUCAGGAGUUGUGACUCAAAUUUCCUGUUUUUUAAGCACUAAGAUCAACUAUGUCACACUAUUUUGAUUCAAAGAUCAGGCCCUGGGAGUGUGUUUGCAGUGAGGUUAGGUCUCCCCCUGGUGUUUACCUCGUCAGUGUCUGCUUCUUCAUGUUUGUAGCCCUGGUGACCGUUCUGUCCAAUAAAAUCUGACUAUGUAACCAAA